GCAAAUACUUUGCUGGCAUCGCCACUCACACGGAAAAAGUUCGACUAAUUUUAGUUUUUAAUGCAAAACGAAUAGGCCACAAAUUUCGCGUUUAGAUUAUAUAUAGAUAACUUGCUUUACUCGAAAACAGUCGAUUUUGUAAUGUAUGUGUGUGUGAGUGUGUGUGUGCGGAAAAGCUAAUGCGAAGGCCUUGAAAAUUGUUACGAAAAUUGACUGACGUGCGGAGUGUUGAGGUUUUGUGCGAAGGCAAAGAAGAAGAAGAGAAGCCUCGCCAGCGCAAUAUUUUAGAAGUGGUGGUCGUGGUCAGGGAGCAACAUCAGCGCCAGUACACCCCGCAUUUAAGUUACACACGACACGACACUUUUUUUUUCAUUUGAUUGCUGGAAAAUUGCACCUCGUAUGGAGCCAGUGCAGCAUGAUCCAUUGUAUGUUUUGUAGUUUGCGCAUUUGAAGCAUAAAAAGCCAUCAGAAAAAACUGAAACUGAAACCGGAUUAAAAGUGCAGCUCUGUCUGUAACUGUAACUAGGGCGCACCGCUAAGUGAAAAGCUCGGUAGCGUCGUGGCGUCGGAUCGGAGUGGAGUAGAGUGGAGUGGAAACAGAUUUUCAGCACUCAGUUUGACAUAAAAUUCAAAAAUCAUGAUGAUACAAGAGCCCGUGCAGGCCGCCAUAUGGCACUGCCUCAACCACUACGAUCAUAAAGAUGCCGUUUUUCUGGCGGAGCGUCUAUGCUCAGAAGUGGAAAGCGACGAGACGAUAUUUUUAUUGGCCACCAGCUACUAUCGUUCAAAUCUAUUGGAUCAGGCCUAUUGGCUGCUUAUGGAGAAGUCGCGUCGAUCGCCACAGUGCCGCUACUUGCAGGCCAAAUGCGCCUAUGAACUGAAGAAAUAUGCUGAAGCUGAAAGCGCUCUGAUUUCCAAUGGUUUUGCGGAUAGCAAACAUUUUGAUGAGCUGCAGCGAGAAUUUGGCGAAAUUGCAUGCUUUGCUUAUCAGUUGAUGGCACAAGUCUGUAUGCGGACGGAACGUCAGAAGCUGGCGGUAAAUGCGCUGCAGCGUGCACUGAAACUGAACCCAUUUAUGUGGCAUGCGUUUGCCGAUCUAUGCCUGCUGGGUCAGGAUACCGAUGCAGCCGCAGUAUUCCAAAUUCAAAGCACUGAUGUGUUCAACACUUGCCAGGGCAGCAGCGCCAAUGCCAAUUCCAUGGUGCUCUUUGGUGGCAAUGGCCAAAUGGUCAACGAGCAACAGCAGCUGGAGAAUCUAUUGUUGAACAAUUUAAGCAAUAACUCAAAUUAUAUACUUAACACGCCUGUGGAUCAGCAACAGCAGCAGUUGCAGCAGCAGCAGCAGAACAACAACACCAGCAUUGCCACACUACAGAAUCUGAUGACGCCAAAUAACAACAUCAAUAAUAACAUAAACAAUAACAAUCUCAACAGCUCCAUUACCAUGUUGCGAGGUGGCGUACAGCUGCAGCAUAAUAUCAACAGCAGCAGCAACAAUAACUCGAGCAUGAUGCUCCUGGAGGACACACCAAUGGGUUAUGCCACACAUGAUGUGCACACACAGCAGCAGCAACAACAACAACAGCAGCAGCAGCAAUUGUAUGAUACCAACAAUGGCACACCAUUUCGCAAGCAAUUCAAAUAUUUAUCUGCAAUAUCGCCGUUAACGCCCAGCUUUGGCAUUAUGCCCUUGGCUAGUCCCUGCGAUGGCAGCUCAGCCGCCUUACAGUCCAAUUUAAGCAUGUCCGCGUAUUCGCCCUUGCCCCAAAUGCUGGUGGAGGUCAAUCAGGAGCCCAAAAUCAUUGGCAAAAAGUUAAAAACACAUGUGGGUGGCCUAAUCAAUCGUCAGGAGAAGAGCAAACCCGCCGUAUUUACACAGGCUGGCAACAUAACGCCUCGCACACCCAACAAUGUUGUAGGCAAUGCACCUUCCAAUACCAAUGCGGCAGUGCGUCGCAGCUCCCGGCUUUUUAGCAAUUCGGCGUACUCGGUUAAGGAGAACAACAAAUCGCCAAAUAUAACAAACAAUAAUAAAUUUGUGCAGCCGCGUUCGCCGCCACGCAAAACAAAAUCAUCACGAAUGUCAAAAAUCUGUUUAAACAACGAGCUAAUUGAGGAGAAGACGCAUCAUCAUCUUGCAGAGAAACUGAGCGAGAAGCAGUCGCGCAAGGAGAAGGAAAAGGUGGAAACAAUCACAUCGGCAGCCACAACUGGCAAUGGCAACAACAACAAUCAACAACAACAGCAACAAACCACAAUCAAUAAUCGCAGCACAGAAGAUGCCAAAGUUCUGCUUAACAAUAGUCUCAACAAUGCACAGACCUUGGCACAUCAGUUGCUCAGCAUGAAGAAGCAAUCGGCGGAUGGCUUAAUGCUCCUGCUCCGUGAUCUGGCCGAGGGAUAUAAGCUGCUGUCGGCAUUCCAUUGCAAGGCGGCCAUCAAGCAGCUGGAGUCGACGAUACCAAAGCAUCAUUUAAGCUCCAGUUGGGUGCAAUCUUUGAUUGGCAUGUGUCGGUAUGAGCUUCGUGAAUACGAGGCUGCCGUUGUCAUAUUUAAACGGAUACACGAGACGGAACCGUGUCGCUUGGAUUAUAUGGAGAUCUAUUCCACGUCGUUGUGGCACUUGCAAAAGGAGGUGGCGCUUUCGGCACUGGCGCAGGACCUCAUCUGUCAGGAUAAACGCAGUCCGGUGACGUGGUGUGUUGCCGGCAAUUGUUUCUCGUUGCACAAGGAGCACGAGACGGCCAUCAAGUUCUUCAAGCGUGCCGUUCAAGUAGAUGCGGACUUUGUCUACAGUUACACACUGCUGGGACAUGAACUAGUGCUUACCGAGGAGUUUGACAAGGCCAUGGACUACUUCCGAGCGGCAGUCGUACGCGAUUCUCGGCAUUAUAAUGCCUGGUUCGGCAUUGGCACCAUCUACUCCAAGCAGGAGAAAUAUGAGCUAGCCGAAUUGCACUAUAUGAAGGCGUUGAAGAUUAAUCCAUGGAACUCGGUCAUAUUGGUGCACAUCGGAGCGAUGCAGUUCUUUAUGCAGAAAAAGGAUACGGCCCUGCAAACACUUAAUACGGCGGCUUCGUUAGAUCCGAAAAAUCCAUUGGCGCGCUUUCAUCGCGGUUCCAUAUAUUUCUCACUGGGCAAAUACCAGGAGGCGUUGCGUGAACUGGAGGAGCUCAAGGAGAUUGUGCCAAAGGAGUCGGUAGUAUUUUAUCUAAUUGGCAAGAUACACAAGACGCUCGGCAAUAUGGAUCUGGCAUUGAUGCAUUUCAGCUGGGCCACCGAUCUGGAUCCCAAGGGCGCCAAUAAUCAAAUCAAAGAUGCCUUCGAUUCAAUGGCGCAUCCCAAUUGCUGUCCAGCCAAUGACACUGUACUGGAUGUGGACUUUGAACCAACCUCGGAGCGUUCCGAUGACUCAACGCAGGCGCAGCAAGAUGUUAGCUACGACAGCGACUACUAAAGAAGGUCUCCAAGUCUGAGCGCUUGUAUAUAAUUACAUAAUUAUUAUAUAUAUAUACUAUACUAUAUCUUGAAUGAGAAACAAAACCAAUUAUGAAUUAUAUUAAAGUCUAGAUAACAUUUAGCAUUAGGUUAUUUAUAACAAGAAAAACAACAAAAACCACAACAACCACAACAAAAACAGGAUGAAGAACGGUUUAAGCAAU